UACUUUAUUUUCCGCACGUGACACAGAUAUAUUCAAAUCGAUACAUUUUGUGAAAAAAACAAAACAUUGGUUUCCAGGUUAUCGGGUCUGCCAUAGUUAGGAGGGGUAAAUAAUUACUCAGAUACCCCCAGAUAGUUUUGCGGGAGGACCUUUCAUUUCAUCUCCCAGCCGGAAAUCGGUUUACCACGUAUUGUUUCGCCUAUUGUUACUUUAUAGAUGACGUUUUAUCCUUCGCUUCAGCCUCACUGCACGUCCACGUAUGUGAGUGCGAAGGAGCAGGGGGGUGUGGGGGGUGUGGGGAGGGGGGUAAUACAGCAACUUUAGACAACUGGGCGAACUAUCUCUUUAAGGGAGGUUACCUGGGGGAACAGGUGGGAACAGUGUAAUAUUCGAGUAAUCAAGGAGGGUUCUGUUUCUUUGAGAGAGAGAGGGGGGGAGAGAGAGAGAGAGAGAGAGAGAGAGGAAGAAACCCCCCCCCCCCAAAAAAACUUGACAACGUCGCUUUUGUGGGUCAACGACGGUGGGAUGUCUGCCUCCCUCGCCUUCACUGGAGCGGAGCUCUCACGCCAACUUGAAGUCUCGACCGUCAGUGACGUUGGCGUCACGUGUCUGCCUCUUCCCUCUGUACGUACGUCGUAUUUUCCCUUUCCAUCCUGCCUGCUUUAAUGCCGAGAGCCACUCGAAAUAAACAAGAGCGAAGGGGCCUUUGUGCCGUCCCGCUUCGGUGUCACGUCUAUCACUCAGUCGAUGGACAGAGAGAGAGAGAGAGAGAGAGCGAGGGGUUACACCUAAGUUGGCAUCAAUAACGCCCCGAUCUCACGUCAUUUAUUACCUUCAGGGAGCACGUAUUCAUUGUUAAACUUUCUUUUUUUUUUCCCGCGCCGCCUGAACUGGUUUCCCGCGGACGAGGAGAGGCGAGUGGGUUGUUUUUUUUUUCAAUCUGAAUUGCACUGAAGACUGCCGACAAGUCAGCAGACCCCUGGUCAUGGCCAUGGCUGGUCCGUAGUCAACCUGGAGCAACCCCCUCUUCUAAGUCACAUACCAUUCACAGCCAUUCAUCCAAUCCCCCACCUUUUGGUCACGCCAUGGCCAGCAAGAGGAAGUCUACCACCCCUUGUAUGAUCCCCAGCAAGACCAUGUACUUUCAAGAGGAGCUGGAGCAGGAACCUCCAGUCCCCCUCCAUCAAGCCAGGAGCUCUGGAGGAGGCAGACAUAGUCCCUUUGACAUAGAGGAGUCUUCCAAACCAGAGAGGGGGGACUCUGUUAAGGAUGGUGCUGGCACCUAUACCUGCAGACCCUGCAACUUUGAGACCCAUGACCUUAACCUUUUCCUGGACCAUGUGUACAGUGGACACCCAGACUUCCGAGCAGACCCCAGCUUCCUCUGUGUGGACUGUGGGGUUUCGGCACCUAAGUUCGAGGGUCUGGCCCUCCACAACGCCAGAGUCCACCCCAGCACAUUAAACACCACACUACAGCUUAGGAAGAGGGAGCGGAGGGUGGUGGUGGAGCAGAAUCUGAUCAUGGGGACAGAUAUGGUGAAAGACACUGAGAUUUCUAUCACUAGAACCCCAAUCAUGAGGAUGCUUAAGGGCAAAUCGGAACCAAAAAGGAUAGUGGUGUCCCACCCACCCUCUGAUGAGUCUUCAUCAGACCCUAACUCUGUCACUAGAGAGGCUGAGAGGAAAGAGACUUCUACAGUGACAGUGACCCAUGUCCCUACCAUUGUCCACAAUGGAGCAACAAACAAAGUCACUCUGCCUUCAGCCAUUCAGAUAGUCAAUGGCUCAGGGACACUGCCAAUGCUGAAGACUGCCAUCACACAGGUAGUCUCUGUGGUCCAGAGCAGAAGCCUUCACCAGUCUGCCCCCAUCACAGUCUCCUCAUCUCUCCCCUCCUCCUCCUCUCCUUCUGCUGCUUCCAAAAACCUACCCAAGGUGAUGAUUCCUCUGAGCAGCAUCCCCACCUACAGUGCUUCCAUGGACUCCUCGUCCUUUCUGAAAACCUCUUUCAGUAAGUUCCCCUACCCCACCAAGGCUGAGCUCUGCUAUCUGACUGUUGUCACCAAGUUCCCUGAGGAGCAGAUCAAGAUCUGGUUCACCGCCCAGAGGCUUAAGCAGGGGAUCAGCUGGUCUCCUGAGGAGAUUGAGGAGGCCAGGAGGAAAAUGUUCAACACCAUCAUCCAAACAGCACCUCCUAGCUCCCAAAACCAGCGCCAGACCCAGAGCCACCAAAGCCCAUCCCAGCACACCAUUACAGUUCUGCCUGCCUCACUUGGGUCAACUGGGAUCCCCCACAUCCUUCAGGGCUCUCUAGUUGGCCAAGGAGGGGUUAUUGUCACCCAGCCUGUGAUGGCCAAUGGCAUCCAGGUUAGUAGUGCUCCUGUGGCACUGGCUGUCACACCUAAGCCCCAGGCUGCAGCACGACCCAUGAUGCAGGCUCGGCCUGCUGCUGCGCUAGUGGCAGACAAGGGCAUCGGUGUGGUGGUGGGGAGCAGCAGCGGCAGCAAUAACAUCAGCAGCAGUAGUAGAAAUGGGGCAGGGAGCGCCAACACUAUAAUCAUAAGUAGCAGUGGUAGUAACAGCAAUAAUGGUAGUAAUAACACUAGCAAUGAAGCCAGUGUCAUCAACCUUAGUCUUGGGAAUAGCAACCAUAGCAAUGUCAAUGGCAAACUUAAAAUUUCUGCUGGUGAUCUCAAUGACAAGAGCAACAGUGAUGCUACAAGUGAUGCUACAACUGCUAAAGGCAAAAGUGACUGUAAGAAAAAAGAGAUCAGCGACAACAGCAGCAGUACAUUUAACAAUAACGGUGAAAACGAAACUCCUGACACUAAAAGCUCCACGGGCAGCAAAUCUAAUAAUGGCAAGAACACUAGUAAUGGACAGAAGAGUAAAGAUGCUAACAGCAGUAACAACACCCCAAGUGCAGCCACCACCCAAGUUGUUCCCACAACUGACAUUAGCAACUCCCCAGUCUUUAGAACAGAGGCCUCUUCUUCCCCCACCUAUCAAUCUUCUUCCCCAUCGCCUGGGACUCCGUCAAGCAGCAUACCUGGCUCUCGAACACUCCCAAACAUGUUGCUGGACCCCAGCUUCUACAAGGGCAAAAAGUCUCAGGAGCAGCUCAACGCUUUGAAGGAUAGCUUUCAGAUCAACCAGUUCCCUAACCAGGAGGAGGUGGACCGUCUCAUUGCCCUGACUGGGCUCACCGUGCGAGAGGUACGCAAGUGGUUCAGUGACCGACGCUAUCACUUUCGCAACCUCAAAGGCACACGCUCAAGCACAGGUAGUCAGAGUAAGUGUUCAGCUACAGCUGGGGCAGGGGGUGGUUCAACUGCAUCAGGGAGCAGCACCCCUGGCAGCAGCGCCAUCUCUGACAACUCGGAUAAUAACACCGCCUCUGGUGCUAAAACCCCCCAGCAAGGCUCUGCUCCCCUCAGCCCCAAUGCCUCUCAGACCCCCACCUCCCCAACCACACCAUCUCGUCGGCCCCCAAGACCACCGUCUCCAGACUUUACAGCCAUUCGCUACAAAGAGAGAGAACCUCACCAGGUAAAAGCACUGGAGGCCAGCUUUGCCCAGGACCCUGACCCCUCUGGAGAGGAGGUGGACAGACUACGUGCGGAGACCAAAAUGACCCGGCGGGAGAUCCAUGGCUGGUUUGCUGAGAAGAGAAAGAGAGUGGCGGCUGAGAAAAAGAAGGAGGAGGCUGAGCGGGCAGUGAGAGAGGAGGAGGAGGGCAUGGAAGCUGAUGGAGAGGAGGGUAAGAGUAUUGACGGGGCAAAGAAGGAGGACAGUGGAGAUCGACAGAAAGAGGACAGUUCCUUGGAACCAAAGGUCAACCCUAUUAAGAUCAAUCUGAAGAUGCUGAAGGUAACCGAAGCCAAUGGCAAACCAGAGAGUGAAGGGUCAGACAACAUCAUUGUACCGCCUACAUUCAGCACCACACCUACCACCUCCCCAGGUGCCACACAAUCUUCUAACCCCAAACCAGCCCAGUCCCCCAAACCGUCACUGAUACGAGGUAAAAAGACCGCAGAGCAGCUCCACCUGCUCAAACUGGUCUAUGCCCGGACCCAGUGGCCAAGUGCUCCGCAGUAUGAUGAACUGAUCUCAGCCACAGGCCUGCCAAGGCCUGAAGUGGUGCGCUGGUUUGGGGACUGUCGCUACGUGCAGAAGAAUGGCCAGCUGAAAUGGCUGGAGUCUUAUCAGAGCACAGCCUUGGAGGAGGACCUUCAGAAGGGAAACACUCAAAUCCUCCAAGCCCACCUGGAUGCGCAUGGCAGCCUUGUGGAGUCACAGUUGCAGGAGCUAGCUCAGGCUAGUGGUUUGACCAAGGAGCUGGUGCAGCGCUGGUUCUCCACCAAGAGUGCCUCUCCUCUCCAGGCUGAAGAAAACGCCGCUGCUGAUAAAACAGGGCCAGGUGCACAAGACCCGUUACCGGAGCUACAAAUGGGAGGAUUUGGAGCCUCACUGGUGAAACCUUGUCAGGCGGAGUUGCAGGAGGAGGACGUGGAGCAAUCUUUGUGUGGCAUCACAAAAGAAGGCGAGGGGGAUUGGAGUUACAAUACUGUGAAUCCCACUGAAGGAACAAAGUGAGGGAUGAACUUAUUCUGAGGAGGACCUGAAUUCAUAAUGCAGGUGACCUUCGCAUGGGGAGUGUGGGCGGAAGACAGCAGAUGUGAUUGUAACAGGAUCACUGGAAAUGGACCUUGAAGACACCCCGACUCGCCUCUCUCCUCCCUCUCACCCCUCGAGGUGGGCAGAGCCUCCUCCAUCUCCCUCCCAUUCGCUACUAUACAAGAUGGACACUAUAGCCCGAAUAACCUCAUCCGCUUCUCUGUACGCCACACUCCACACGCACUCGCAGCCUCCCCCCAAAACCUUGAGUCUGCCAUUUUCUUCUCCAGAGGAAGUUCCAGUAGAGACUGAAAGCACAGGACUGGCGGAGGAGGAUCGGGCUGGGCUGACGGGGGUGGGGGACGUUGGCUGCGUUCUCCUGCCGUGUUUGUUCCGCCUGCCUGCUGUGGUAGGAGGAAGAGGAGAGCGGAGGGUAGAUUUGCAGGAGGGGGAGGGUAUUGGAAUUGUGGGCAGGGAUCGAGACCCGGGUAGAUGUUGAGAAAUGGAGUGGGGGUUGGGCUGGGGUGUUACAAAUCUGGACUAGACAGAUAUCGACCAUCAGUUCUUAAAAAAGAAAAAAAGAAGAAAAAAAAGGAUCGGGUGGUGUGUAAAAGUGGCUGUUCGUAGAACAUUUGGUUGGAGCCAGGGGCAGGGCAUUUGAAAAAGAAACCGCACAGCUCUUUUCUACAGGGUGCUUGCCCAGGCCUUAGAGUAAAAAAAAAAAAAAAAAAAAUGGUCCCCUUUCCAUUGUGUCAUUUUCACACCCAGUUUUCCAGUUCGGCCUAAAAUAUACUCAUCCACUUCAAUGUCACGCUCGCCGCUUAUCUUGAAUGUGCUGGCAAGGCUGUUCAUAGCGCGUCAUGUGAUGUAGCAGCGGCGCUCAUUUGAUCGCGCUCACCUUUUACGGGAGACGUCGUCGCACUCUCUUUCAUUACCCUUUGUGUGCUUUUUGUUUAAAGAGUAUAUGAACAUGUACAUGUGUGAUAUGGGGGCGGGGCGAGGCGGGGGGGGCGGAGUCAGGAGUUGUGUCAUCCAAAGAGGGCAAAGCACCGCCACAUCUGAACAGAAAGCAGCGUUUAGAUCGGACUUUGAAAUAAAUGUGUUUUAGCAUCACACGCUUCUUUACGUCGAUGACAACGUUACGUGCAUUUCUUUUCAUGGAACUUUCUUAUGUAAAACUUGACUGUAAAAGAAAUCCGAACUUUGGCGAGUUCCAUAUCUAGACCUGAUGUAAUUUUUACAGAUGUUAUUUGCAGAAUAAAAAAAAAGGUUACAAAUGGUCUCGUUUGUGGCGGGCGUGCCGCCGGUGGCGGAAUCGGCUCGUGUGGCGUAUCGAUGGCCAGUUGGUGAGGGUCGUGGCGCUAAAACGGCUAUUUAUGCUACGUGGUAGCGUGGUAGGCAUCCGAGUCAGCUGUGACAAAACUAGUUGGGAACCAAGACUUCCGGUACGAGGCCCCGGCCUGAAUUCUGUGCCACAAAACGGCGAUACUGGGAAGACUAGAAAUACAAGUUGAAGCACUGCCCCACGCUAUGCUGUAGUUAGUAUUGGAGCGAAUUCGGGGGGGACAACGCAACCACAGGAACUGCCGCGGCCGGGAAGCGAACCCGUAUCGCCCGCACCGCGGGAGACAUCGCUAACCGCUAGACUAGGGUCAGACCCGCGGGCCAGUGGCCAGCGUGUCUACUUAUCCAUGCACGUUACAGUAUGCUAUACAGCCCUCGCUCUGUCAGCUGUUCGUUUACAAAGAAACAUGGCGUAGCGGUCUACUCCGUUGCUUACCAACACGAGGAUCGCCGGCUUGAGUCCCAGCGUUGCCUCCGGCGUGGUCGGGCGUCCCUACAGACAAAAGUGGCGGUGUCCGCGGCUGGGAAGCCGGAUGUGGGUGUGUCCUGGUCGCUGCACUAGCGCCUCCCCUGGUCAGUCGGGGCGCCUCCCCGGGGCGGGGGGGGGGGACUGAGGGGGAAUAGCGUGAUCGUCCCACGCGCUACGUCCCCCUGGCGAAACUCCUCACUGUCAGGUGAAAAGAAGCAGCUGGCGACUCCACGUGUAUCGGAGGAGGCAUGUGGUAGUCUGCAGCCCUCCCCGGAUAGGCAGAGGGGGGUGGAGCAGCGACCGGGACGACUCGGGGGAGCGGGGUAAUUGGCCGGA